AUUCCCUACCCUCCCCAGUCCCCGCCUCUCUCUCUCUCUCUCUCUCUCUCUCUCUCUCUCCUUUCCUCACAUUCAAAACCCCAUAUAAAUACCCCACCCACCUCACUCUAAACACCCACACUUCCCGUCUCUAUAGCCCCGUCCCUCUCUCUCACUAAAACCCUCCGUCUCUCUCUCUCCUCCCAUGGCUCUCUUCAACUCAAUCCUCCUCCUCCUCUGCUUCUUCACCUCCAUCCCCCUCUCAACCCAAAAACCAACCAAAACCCCACUCAACCCCUCCCUCUCUCUCUCCUUCCCCCUCACCUCCCUCCCUCUCUCUCCUCCCCCCACCCCGAAAAACCUCCUCUCCUCUCUCUCCUCAACCCAACCCAACCGCGCCCCAAUCACCACCAACGCCCCACCCUACAACUAUAGAUCAGCGUUCAAGUACUCUAUGGCCCUCAUCGUUUCCCUCCCGAUAGGGACCCCGCCGCAGACCCAGCAGAUGGUCCUCGACACCGGCAGCCAGCUGUCGUGGAUCCAGUGCAACAAGAAAAUGCCUCCCAAGAAACCCCCUCCGACGACGUCGUUCGACCCCUCUCUCUCCUCCUCCUUCUCUCUCCUCCCCUGCAACCACCCGAUAUGCAAGCCCCGGGUUCCCGAUUACACCCUCCCCACCUCGUGCGACCAGAACCGGCUCUGUCACUACUCGUAUUUCUACGCCGACGGGACCUUGGCCGAAGGCAAUUUGGUCAGGGAAAAAUUCGCUCUUUCGAGUACCCAGAGCACCCCUCCUUUGAUUCUCGGUUGCGCCUCGGACACCUCCGACGCGCAGGGUAUUUUGGGAAUGAAUCUCGGACGGCUGUCGUUCGCCUCCCAAGCCAAGAUUACUAAAUUCUCCUACUGCACCCCGCUCCGCCCCAGUCACGACGGAGCUCCGCCGAGUGGGGGGUUUUACUUGGGUCAAAACCCCAAUUCGAAAACAUUCCAGUACGUCAACAUUUUGACUUUCUCUCAAAGUCAACGCAUGCCGAAUUUCGACCCUCUGGCCUUCACCCUCCCGCUGGUCGGAAUCCGACUCGGCGCGAGAAAACUGAACGUAUCGGCCGCAUCUUUCCGGCCGAACGCUGGCGGAGUCGGCCAGACGAUGAUCGACUCCGGCAGCGAGUACACCUACCUGGUGGAAGAGGCUUACACCAAGGUGAGGGGUGCAAUCCUCGAAUCGGUGGGGGCGAAGCUCAAGAAGGGGUACGUGUACGAGGGCGUGCUGGACUUGUGUUUCGACGGGGACGCGAUUUCGAUCGGACGGCUGAUAGGCGAUCUGGUGUUCGAGUACGAGAAGGGAGUGGAGGUUGUGAUCGAGAAGGAGAGGGUGUUGGGUGAUGUUGGGGGUGGGGUCCACUGCAUGGGGAUCGGACGGUCGGAUUCGCUUGGGAUCCCCGGGAACAUAAUCGGGAACGUUCAUCAGCAGAACAUGUGGGUGGAGUAUGAUUUGGCCAAUAGGAGAGUGGGUUUCGGUAGAGCUGAUUGUAGCAGAUCGGUGCUGUGAGGUAGUAUGGGAGCACGUGGGAUUUGCUUCUCUGUUGUCGAGUGUAAAGUAAUAUCAUACAGUGUGUUUUUUAAUGGACGGUACAUAUUACUAGUACUAGUUAAUUAUAAGGACAUAUUAUGUAGUAUUUCGGUAGAAGUUUUGUUGUCGUUCUCAAUGAUAUUACAUUAAUUCGAUUUCAUACUCUGCUAA